GUAUGUGACAUGUGUCAAAUUGGAUAUAAAUAUUCGUUCGAAUUCUUCGCACGAGUUUAAUUACGAUACGAAAUAACAGAUAAAUACAUUGUUUGGAUAUAAAAAGUUACGAUCUAACAACAUGCCUUUCAACACUAAAUUGGUACUACCAGUGGCUCUUGGUUUCUCCAUAGUCACCGUCACAGCAUUUGUUGUGUACUAUGUGUUCAAGAAGGAUGAGGAAAAUGAUAAAAAUGUGAAAACAUCAAGAGUGAAUGUGAUUGAAGUGCAUGUGCCUAAAAGUAUUGUGCCUGCGUUGAUUGGUAGAAAUGGUUCAAACAUAAAAGAGAUUGAGAAGAAGUCCGGUGCUCUAAUCCACUUCAAGAAGUUUACGGACAAAGAGUAUGAUGUGUGUAUUAUAAGAGGACGGACAAACGCAACCCAACUUGCCGAGACUAUAGUGCAUGACUUUAUUAAACAGCAGCCUACUAUAGUGGAAGACUUUAUGGAGGUACCUGGGUGGUCGGUUGGACGAAUUAUUGGCACAGGCGGUGAAAACAUAAACGAUAUAAGUCACCUGAGCGGCGCGAGAGUCAAGGUUGAGAGUUCAGGCGGUGGGAACAAUAACGAGCUGAAGAGAAUCACCUUCCGGGGGACCAAGGAACAGAUUGAACAAGCGAAGAAGCUUAUUGAUAAUUGUGUCGCCCAAGAGAAAUGCCGUCGUGAAGUCGAACAGGCGAAGCGCCCGCGUCUCCCGAUCAGCAUACCGGCGGCUUCGCCCGCGCCGACCGCCACGGACACAGGUGACGCCAAGCGCGUGCGAUACAAGCGCACGGACACUAGCUCAUCAAUCGAAGUGUACGUAUCAGCAGUAUCGUCUCCAUCGCGAUUCUGGGUGCAAUUUGUUGGGCCACAAGUUGCGCAACUUGACGAAUUGGUUGCGCACAUGACGGACUAUUAUAAUAACAAGGAUAAUCGUAGUGCACAUGCUUUAAAAUCAGUCUCUGUUGGUCAAGUGGUAGCGGCUGUAUUCCGCCAUGACGGUCGUUGGUACCGCGCUCGCAUCGACGAUCUGAGACCGAACGAGUUUGAUGCUACGCAACAGGUAGCUGACGUAUUCUACCUAGACUACGGUGACAGCGAAUACGUUGCAACUCACGAGCUGUGCGAACUGAGAGCUGACCUGCUUCGAUUGAGAUUCCAGGCGAUGGAGUGUUUCCUAGCGGGUGUAAAACCGGCUUCAGCUGAAGAGCCUUUACCGGGACAGUGGCCCAAAUGGCAUCCACAAGCUGUUGAACGAUUUGAAGAACUUACACAGGUCGCAAGAUGGAAGCCGCUGAUGUCCAAAACGUGUACAUACAAGCGAACUGCGUCUAUGAGAGGGGAUAUGGACAAAGAGAUACCCGGCAUCAAGUUGUAUGAUGUUACUGAUGAAGGUUCGAUUGACAUCGGUGAGACGCUGUUAGCAGAAGGCUGGGCUGUAGCAAGUACAUCACCAGCCAACACUCCACAUCAUAACACGCCGUUUGGUGAUCUGUCUAAUUCUAGGGUUUUAGGUAUGCUAAGUCCGCGAGCGAUGUCCAUGCCCAAAGACCACAAAGAUGACCGAGACAUCACGCCCAUCACGCCUGAUAAUCUUAAAGACAAUCCAACAUCAAUAUCCAUGUCCGCCGGGUUAGAAGCGGCUGACAAAGUGAAAUCUGUGUCCAAUUUCGAUCUAUCCUACGACACGACAAAAAUAUCGGAACGACCGCACGUGAACGGGUCGCACGACUUCAUCGCGUCGGAACGACAAAAUGUCGACAAGGAAUUGCCAAGUUCGCCGACUUUGAGCAAAGACUUGAGGGAUGAAUUUAAAGCCAAUAUGAAUAGAAUUGACUCGCACCACAGUAAUUUAGACGCGUUGGGAAGACAUGAAAAGUAGAAUUAAUUUAAAAAUAGUGUUUUUGUUUUAAAGUACCAGAAAAAAUUGUUGAUUUUUGUACUGGGUAAUGAUAAAUCUAUUGCAGUUUAAAAUUAUACACUAUAAGUUCUAUUAUGAUUUGAUGAAUAGAAAGCAUGUUUUCUGGUACUUUUAAAAUAAUACUGUCUGUCCAGUGAAAUGCCUACUUUUUUAUAUUGUUUUACAAAUAAAUACAAAGUAUGAUCUGUAAAAUUCAAUGUUAUCUUA